AUGUCGUUUUCAGAUUUAUACGCAAAAUAUAAUUGUACCUAUUGCCAAGAAGAAAUAAACGGUGUACGUGUGAAAUGCGCGGAAUGCGUCGACUUUGAUAUUUGUUUGCAGUGUUUUUCUCUUGGCGCUGAAAUUGGAACACACAAAAAUGAUCACUCCUAUCAAUAUAUGGACUCUGGAGCAUUUGGGAUAUUCCUGGGUCGAAGUAGUUGGUCUGCAAAUGAAGAAGUUAGAUUACUAGAUGCUAUAGAACAAUUUGGUUUUGGAAACUGGGAAGAUAUAGCUAAACACAUAGAAACACGAACACCUGAAGAGGCCAAAGACGAGUAUAUUACCAGGUACUUAGAAGGCAGUAUUGGUAGAGCCACAUGGGGUAAUUUAGAAAGCACAAGCCGACCCUCAUUAAACACUGGUGAUAAAGAUGAAGGUCCAUUGGGUCCAAGUGCAGUAUCCCGUCUCCCUCACCUCGCAGUUACCUCAGAUGAAGCCGCACAAUUAGGAUAUAUGCCAAACCGAGAUGAUUUUGAAAGGGAGCAUGAUCAUGAAGCGGAACAGUUGAUUUCAACUUUAUCUCUAAACCCUGAAGAUGAUGAGUUGGAUAUUGCCCUGAAGUUAUCACAAGUGGAUAUUUACACUCGACGGCUGCGAGAAAGGACAAGGAGAAAGCGCUUAGUGAGAGACUAUCAACUCGUGUCCGUCUUCUUCAAUAACCAGAGGAAUAAACAGAAGACGCUUGGAAAACUUGCCAAAGAGAAAAAAGAGUUCACGGAGCGAGUGCGUUGGACGGCGCAGUUCUACGGGCGCGGGGAGCAAUUAGGCGUAGUGGCGGGGCUUUGGCGUGAACGCGAGCUUCGCGUGAGGUUGGCGGAGCUCCACCGGUACCGGCUGGCCGGGGUCACGCGCGCCGAGGAGUGCGCCCACUACGACCAACACGCCGCCAUCCGCCGCCACGCGCCGCCACACGUGAGACCCCGUCUACUGGGCAGCAGUGGGUGCCUGGAAACCAAUCAGACAAAAGAGCAAACGCAGAACAGCACGCAGCCGCAAAGAAAAAGAGACGGAGAAAGCGGCUCAAGUUCCACCAGCCCAAGGUGCACACGGGACGGAAGUACCGCAUGUGGAUGCUCCAAAAAGAGCUCAUGCAGCAACAACAACGGCGCAUGCUCGAGGCAUCUGCUGACCAAUAAUGAAAUACAGCUGUGUUCUGCGCUGAGCCUGCCGCCGGCGCAGUAUGUGACGAUGAAGGGAGUGUUGCUGCGUCGGCCGGCGGCCGCCGACGCUGACGUGGACAUCGCAGUACGACACUACCUACACUCCGCCGGAUGGAUACGUAACUAG